AUGAAGCCUCGCAGAAGCAAGGACGAUGUGAUGGAGCUGCAGAGCCGACUGGUGGAGAAGCUGGGGGAGCUCAAACGACACAAGGCAGAGUAUGAGGCGUUUCAGGUGGGUUCUAUGCGGUGCAGGUCGGUGCAGGAUGCAGGGCAGGUCGUUCGGAGGCUUGGGGGACAGAGGCAGACUGCAGAGCCGACUGGUGGAGAAGCAGGGGGGGCUGAAACGGUUGAAAGCCGAAUACGAAGCUCUGCAGCCCUUACACGACUCCUUCAUCCACCCUUUCUCUACACCCAUCUCCCUUCUCGAUUUGAUCCUUUUCAGAAGCGGCACGAGAAGAAGCGGCACGAGAAGGUGAAUGCGGACAAGGCAGCGCUGGACGUGAAGCUGACUGAACCUCCUAAGCGGCACGAGAAGGUGAAUGCAGACAAGGCAGCACUAGAUGUGAAGCUGACCGAGUCGGGGGCGGAUUGGGGCAAGAAAGCAAUCACCAAGGAGGCGCUGAGCAGGGCAACGGAGCUUCUGCAAAGGUGCAAACCCCAGACAGGCCCUAUAAUUUCCAAGAAGGUUCCUAGCUGGAAGGGUUACUCGUGUUCCGCUACAGAGCGUGAGCUGCAACGCUACAUGGACUUUGAGACGAGGGGCAUGUGUCCUGACGACUGGCUGUUCGUUCAAGAUUUGAUUUUCCGCAAGCAGUGCCACUCGCUGCCCAAGCGACGCUGCCUUGCUCGCACGGCACACAAGAUAGUGGAGCCCCUGGCAAAACCCGCAUCUCUCUUCUCUCAAUCCGCCCUGCAAGACGCCUCAGUGCGGUGGAACAACCACGCCUUCUCCUCCUUCGCCUCCCUCAACGCCCUCUCCCCCUCCGCUCUCGCCUCUGCCACGGCCGGCACAGGGGACGCCUGCGGGCGGCAGCCGGGCGGCGGCGGUUGUUGGAACAUGAGCGCGGAGGAGAGGAGAUGGAUGGCCAGGCCGCCCAAGAAUACAGCAGCGGGAGGGGCGCUUACUGUGAAGGAGGCCAUUGCGAUCAAGAAGGGAGCGCUGAGAAUUGGGUUGGAUUUCAACGGAGGGUCGGGCUCGUUCGCAGCGCACAUGGCGAGACACAACGUGACCAUGAUGACGUCAGCAAUGAACCUAGAGGCCAACGUGGGGCGCAAGAAGGGUCUGCCUUUCUUGGAAACAAUCGCCCUGAGAGGACUUGUUCCCCUCUGGCUUCCCUAUAAGGUCCGUUUGCCAUUUUAUGACAACACGUUGGACAUUCUUCACGCCUCCAACGCCAUCAAGUUCAUGCCGUCUCCUGCUGAAUUUGAGGAGGUUCUGUUCGAGUGGGACCGCGUGCUGAGAGUCGGUGGCGUGAUGUGGUUCGAGGAGUUUACCGCCUCGGCAGCAGAAAUGCCGUCCUACCUCUCAGUGCUUGAUCUGCUCAAGUACCGCCACCUGCAUUGGAGCCUCACGCCCCCCAAGGCCAUGAUUGGCAAACCGGCCGGCACCGUCAUUCUGCACUGCCUGCUCGAGAAGCCCAUGCGGAAAGACUUGUGA